CGUUUUACGAGCAUGAAGUGUCAAAACAAUAUUUGAAAACAGCCUCCGCAGAUGGCAAUUUCUAGUAUUUGAGGCAAUAUAAAAACCAUAGAAACAUUGUCUGAACAUAACACUUCUCCCAGAGGUUGUAGUUUUAUUUUUGCGUUCAAGUUCAAAAGAUUUAUGAACGCAGAUAAGUUGGGUUUUAGAAGGAAGAACUGAAAUUUUAUUUCCUGUAUUGCCUUUGUUUUAUCGUUUCGCCUUUGUGACCGCGGCGUAAUGAGACCAAACUACGUAAGGAAAUGAACAGGCAUAUUCAGAUGGCAAAUAAAGAGAUUACAAGUUACAUACUCUUGUCACUGUUUUUUAUAAACCAAGUUUUAUGUGAAGAAUGUUCAGGUCCUCUUGGUAUGAGUGAUGGUAGAAUCAAAGACUCACAAAUCACAGAGUCUAGUGUUAUGAAAAGAACUACAGCGAAUGGUAAACAAGCUCGUCUACGCCAGAAUGUUAAACCCUGGGGUGCCUGGUGUCCAGACGACAGUGGAGGAUCAAUCACUGAAAGGAAUUACGACCAGUUUAUUGAGAUUGAUUUACUAAAUCUGACGACCAUUACCAAAAUUGCAACACAAGGACGAGAGUUGAGUGGUGGAACUGAAUAUGCUAGGGAUUAUAAAAUAUCCUACAGUAAUUAUGGUGAAAAAUGGGAUUAUUAUAGAGAGGCGCCUUCAAACGACGUCAAGAUAUUUAGAGGAAACACAAAUGUGAAUGGUGUUGUUAGACACGAACUAAAACCUUCAAUUAUGGCGAGGUUCAUCAGGGUUUAUCCAGGCUAUCAGAGCAAUUUUAGAGUCUGUAUGAGGCUGGAACUGUAUGGCUGUGCAGUUGAAAAAGUUAUUAUUUCCUACUCAAUGCCAGUUGGACAAACAACCAAGAAUGGAAGGUAUCACUUUGACGACAGAUCUUAUAACGGGAAUACUGCAAAUGGUUUUUACCAAGGUGGCACUGGAAUACUCACAGAUGGCCAAUUUGCUUCAAAUAACUCGAAAGAUUCGGAUGGUAAAGGUUGGGUGGGAUGGUCUAGUGUAAACGCUUCGUUACCAUACAUUGAAAUUAUAUUUCAAUUUUCUGGCGUGAGGAAGUUCAAGGAUGUUACACUGACUCUGAAUGUUGACAGGCCACGUAGUAAUGCUGUAUUCAACAAAUCACGGAUAUUCUUUGCUUCAACUGAAGGCAGUUUCUCGAAAACAUUUCUUCAGUAUUGUCCAAAAGAUUUUCCAUACAAAGAUAGUCCAUACAAUGUAAAUGUAACUUUGUCACUUUGUGGAAAUACGGCAAGUCUUGUAAAGAUGCAGUUAUACUUCAGAAGGAAAUGGUUGCUAAUCACUGAGAUCAGUUUUAAUUCAGAGAGUACGGAGAACAAGAGGCCAGUGAACGAUUGCUCAGAGACACCUUCAACAACAUGUUCCGUUAACAGUCCACCCUCCGUGAUUGGUGUUUCAACAACUGAAGCACCUGAGUCUGGAUGUAAAUCUUGUUCCACUGCAGUUCCAGAAGAGAUCUCUUCGGACCCAAACAAUCUUCAAAUGACAAUCAUCAUAGUUUGUGUUGUUCUUCUGGUCAUUAUUAUUCUUCUUGUUGUGAUGUUCCUUCUGUAUCGCCGCAGAGCGCUGUGUUUUGGUAAAAUAAAACGAGACAAGACAGAGAAAAAUAUACACGUUGAACUUCAUAACGUAGAACAUGCUGAAGAGACGACGUAUGAUAAGAUUGAUGACAACUUAGGAAACCCACUUUAUGCCAGUGUUGGUGCCAAUGAUGACGAUACUGCACCCAUGUUGUCUCCUGUUAAGAAAAAGCCAAAUGAAUUUAUUCCAUCAAAAGAUGAUCGGGCAUCAGAAUUAUACUCUGAGCCAAACGUGGCUGAUAUGAAACCACCGGUGAAAGAAGAAUACGCUGAACCAGUUGACAGUUUACAACCAAAUAUAGAUCCUGAUGAUAUCCAGGGUAAUCCAAUAUACGAAGGAAUUUACUCUGAACCUCUUUAUGGCAUUGCUGGGACCAUCCUGGUCGGCCCUCAGGAGGAAACACUGAAACGUGGUUACACAAUGGAGAAGUUUCCCAGAGAUCGUCUGGUUUUCAAGGAAAAGAUUGGGGACGGCCAGUUUGGAGAGGUUCAUAUUGCUGAGGCUGAUAUACGCGAUCUGAAUGCACAAUUUGGAGAAGAUUAUGCAGGCAAGACAAAAAUCACAGUUGCAGUGAAAACGUUGAAGGGAGACGUGAAAAAAGAUGCAAAGACUGACUUCUUCAAAGAGGUUCGAGUUAUGUCUAGACUACAGCACGAAAACGUGGUCAGACUAUUGGGUGUUUGCCGAGAUGAUCCUAUCUGUAUGAUUGUUGAAUACAUGGAGAACGGUGAUUUGAAUCAGUUUUUGAAAGGUCACGUGUUAGAAGAUGAUAAUGACGUCAUGAUAUACGCAAACACGAAGCAGCCAAUCAGCUACGAGGAGUUGAUUUACAUUGCGUCACAGGUUGCGGCCGGGAUGAAGUAUUUUGCCGCUAUGAACUUUGUUCAUCGUGAUUUGGCUGCAAGAAAUUGUUUGGUUGGCGAGGGUUUGACUGUUAAACUUGCCGACUUUGGAAUGUCUCGUUUGUUGUAUUCCAAGCAUUAUUACCGCGUACAGGGUCGUGUGAUGUUGCCAAUCAGAUGGAUGGCGCCUGAAAGCAUAUUUCAAGGUCGUUUCACAACACAAACUGAUAUCUGGUCAUUUGGUAUUACAUUAUGGGAGAUCUUUACUCUUGCCCGAGACUUUCCUUAUCCAAAUCUUCCAGAUGAGCAGGUUAUUGGUAAUGCGAAAACAGCUUUUACUAAAGGUGACACUGGAGUGAUUUACAAUGACAAACCUGAUAUUUGCCCUCAAGAUGUCUUUACGAUGAUGUCAAAAUGUUGGAGCAGUGACCCUACGAAGCGCCCGGAUUUUAAUACCCUGUAUGAAUUUUUGAUGGCUAAGGUAGGAUCUGUAGAGACAGCUGUGGUUUGAAAGGGUGAUUUCGGUGAUAGUGAAGGAUUUCGGUGUACGGUAUCGUGUAUGGUUGAAAGGUAGCAACAAGCGAUACACACCAGUAGCUUGAGAUGAAGAAACAUUGUUUUUAUAGUAAAAGACGAUAGUUUAAAAAACAACGAUAUUUUCAAUAAACAUUUUUCAGAUUUUAAUUUUGUUUAGUAAAUAUACAAUAAGUUCAUACAUGAACAACACGUCCCUAAGUCUAAGAUAAAAAACGUUAAACAUAAAAUAUUCUUUCAUAUUAGAAUCGAAAUCAUAUUAGAAAAAGUAAGUCACGCGUCUAGUUUUAAGCGCGACUAGAAUAGCACGUGAGCUAGGCUUUAAACAAACCUGUCAGGUGAUCAGGUGAUCUGAAAUAGCGGUGAAGGACUGGGAUUAGUCAUCAAAUGAAGAUCAUUUCUCAGUUGAAACUUGCUAUAGUUCUUAUAACUAAACAUGCAUAAUAAUAAAAUUUAGCUUCAUAAAGAAUAUCAAAAGAUAUAAUUGAUUAAAUACUGCAAAGUUAAUUUAUAUUUUUUUCAACAUCUCUGAGCGCUGAUUGGCUAAAAUAUGAGCGGGAGAUCACCUGGUGUAUUCGUCUUACAAAAGAUGGCGCAAGUAUUUUAUAUUCUUUAUACAGCAAGCUCGCGUGUUUUUCUUGUAUAUAACAGCCACAGGAUAUAGUAAUAUUAGGGUUAAGUAGCAUGACCGCUGAAAGGUCAAAACAUUUCGUUUCAAAAACAAGUACUGUAUUUGCAUUUUAGUUUCAUUCUUUUGUUAACUUAUAGUUUUAAGAUAUGUAUGAAUUGUAUAACGUUUUUUUUUUCAACGCUCUUGGUAUAUUUGAAAAUAGAAUAAGUAUAUUUGAUUUGUAUUACAGUUCAAUUAGUUCAAUUAAACGUUUAAUA